AUGAACACCAGUGGGCCUGUGGAGUUCUUCAUCCUUGAUGGACUGAGGGAAAAAUACAUCCUUCCCUUUGUCUUUACUGCUUACAUCUCUAUACUGAGUGGAAACAGCAUGAUCAUAUAUCUUGUUAGAACUGACCCCAAACUCAACACCCCAAUGUACUUUUUCCUUCAUAAUUUGUCCUUCAGUGAUAUGGUUUACACAUCGGUAACAAUGCCCAACAUAUUGUCUAUGUUGCUGACUGGAGUCAGAACCAUCUCUAAAACAGGAUGCUUUCUUCAAAUGUACUUUUUUCUUUCAAUCAGUGUGACGGGACGUAGUUUGUUGACUGUGAUGGCUUUUGAUCGCUAUGUAGCCAUUUGCAACCCCCUGCGUUACACCACUAUCAUGACCAGACGGGUGUGUGUUUUGUUGAUAUUUGCUUCGUGGGUUUUCGGGAUCGUUAUUCUUCUGCCUUCAUUUAUCUGGGCUACUCUGUUGCCAUACUGCGGGCCGAAUGUAGUUAAACACUUGUUUUGUGAUCACUCAUCGGUAGUGGUCCUAGCCUGUACUGACACCACUAGGAAUGGCGUUUUGUCUCUAACAAAUGCUCUCAUUGCCAUCAUCAGUACUUUUCUUCUUAUCUUAACUUCAUAUAUCUGUAUAUGCAAAGCCGUCAGGAAAAUGAGCAGGGCAGAUCAGCUUAAAGCUUUUGGCACAUGCGUGUCCCAUCUAAUAGUGGUGUGCAUUUCCUACGUAUCAGCUGUCUUUGUGUACGUCUCCUAUCGGGUAGCCAAAUUUGACCCAGAUGUUCGUAUAAUCAUCGCUGUACUUUACAGCAUGCUGACACCUCUACUGAAUCCCAUCAUUUACAGCCUGAGGAACAAAGAGCUGCAAGAUGCAAUAAAGAGAGCAUUUGGGAAAUGCAUAACUGCUUCAAAAGAAACCAAGAAAACAGUGCCCUCCAUUUCAAAGUGA